AUGACGGUCGAAGAUGAGGUCAAGGCCGAGGCCGAGGUCACAGUCGAGGCCGAGGUUGCGGUCGAGGCUGAGGUUGUGGUCGAGGCUGAGGCUGAAGAGAAGACUCCUACCCCAGAGGAAACAGUGGAAGAAGGCAUCGACUUUGUCACAUUGGGCAUGUUCAUCAUUGACGACAUUGAAUAUCUGCCACCUACGCCGCCAGUGAAGGAUAUCCUCGGUGGUGCUGGCACUUACUCUGCCCUUGGAGCUCGACUCUUUUCACCAGGACCCAAGGCAUCUUCCGUUGGAUGGAUUAUUGACCAAGGCUCCGACUUUCCAGAAGCCUUGACUACGCUCAUCGACACAUGGGAGACUUCGGUUCUCUAUCGCUCAGAUCCCGAGCGUCUGACCACACGUGGAUGGAAUGGCUAUGACGAGCAUGAGCACCGGGCCUUUCGCUACAUGACUCCAAAGAAGCGCCUGACAGCCGAAGACCUUACUCCAACUUUACUGGCCUCACGCUCAUUUCACCUCAUUUGCUCGCCAACGAGAUGCAGAGAAUUGGUUUUGGACAUCAAAGAAAAACGCAGCGAACUCGUGACAACAGACGGUAAAAGUCUACCAAAGCCAAUCUUCAUUUGGGAGCCAGUGCCUGAUCUAUGCACCACGGAUGAAUUGCUAAAUUGUACAAACACCUUGCCGCUCAUCGAUGUGUGCAGCCCGAAUCAUUCCGAGCUGGCAGGCUUCAUGGGAGACAGUGGACUCGACCCUGAAACGGGCGAGAUCAGCACGUCUGCUAUAGAGCGAUCCUGCGAGCAGCUCCUUGGCUCGAUGCCACUUCAGUCCUUUUCCCUCGUCGUGCGCGCUGGUGAGAAGGGCUGUUACAUCGCCCGCAACGGCGGAAGGAAACGCAAAGUACGAUCCACUGGGAAGAGGAAGAAGGCCUCGGCUGCAAUUCAUGGUAGUCUCCAACCAGAUACCGACAUGAUGGCUCUAUUCGCUGGGCUACUGCAAGACCCCGAGGGUGCAGUAGCGGAGGAGGAGAUUGAGGUUGAUCCAGGAAUCGAGAAAUGGAUUCCAGCAUAUCACACCGAUAAGGAGAAGGUGGUUGAUCCCACAGGCGGCGGAAACACAUUUUUGGGGGGCCUAGCGGCGGCUCUUGCUCGAGGGAAACCUCUAGAGGAGGCGGCAACGUGGGCGAGCAUUGCAGCGAGUUUUGCAAUAGAGCAAGUCGGGCCACCGACACUAGAGAAGGGCGGCGACGGUGUUGAGACGUGGAAUGGCGUUUCUGUUGAUGACAGGCUCACUGAAUUUCUAGAACGCGUACAGCAGAAUUGA